AUGUAUCUGAAUGGUGCAACAUACAAAGCUAAAACGACAUUUUCCCCCGGUGGUGUAGCAAGAAAUAUUGCUGAGGGUUUAUACAAAUUAAAUGGCUCUGUAUCGCUAAUAUCUGCUUUCGGUGACGACCAGAAUGGUGAAGUUUUACGUAAAACAUUACCGAGUGAAGCAACGCAAUCGUGUCAGGUAUCAUCGACAUUUGCAACUGCUAGCUGUGCUGUUAUAUUAGAUAAGCUUCGCGAUUGUAAAAUAUAUGUGGGUGAUAUGGAUAUUCAUCGUGAAAUAACACCUGAAUUGAUAUAUGCCAAUGUGGAUUUGAUUAAACAUGCACCGUUGAUUUGUAUUGAUGCAAAUCUUUCACAUGAAACAAUUGAUGCGAUAUUGCUAUUGGCAGGUCGAUAUAAUAAACCAGUUUUUUAUGAGCCAACGGAUAUGUUAAUAGCUGGCAAGCCUUUUGAAUUGGAUCCGCAGCAAUAUCGUCAAAUAAAAUUCAUGACACCAAACAUUUAUGAAUUGAGAAAAAUUGUUCAAACAUUAAAGCCAUCAACAGAAGCAUCGACGCCAUUUUGGGCACAUGACAAUGACUUGAAAAUUGACAAAUUUUCUGAUGAGAUUGCUGAACUAUGUGAUAAGCUUCAUAAUGACAUCGACAACAUUAUGGUGACGGCGGGAAGUCAUGGAAUAUUUAUUAAACGAUUUGGCACUUCCGAUGAUAAAUUCUUCACGAAUGAUCUUCAAUAUAUUCAACGUGGAACUAAAAAGGAUCAUAAACUUCGUCAUUAUCCAGCAACAAUUGAAAAUAAUGUUAAAAGUUCAUCGGGUGCUGGAGAUGCAUUUAGUGCUGGAUUUAUAACCGCAAUGUUGAAGCGAAAAUCGGAAGCAAUUUGUGUUUCAGUUGGUUUUGAAGCUGCACUCGCGUCGUUACGUUCUGUUAAUACAGUUCCGAAGGAAUUCUUCAAUAUGAGUCAUUCGUGCUGGAACAAUGGUGCAAAGUUCAACGAUUUCUAA